GCAGAGGUUUUCCCCCCGCCCCCACCGCGGUUACGCGUUGACGUCACGACGUUUUAUUUUUUUACGGCGGAUGACGUCAGCGCGUCGCAGCGGCGUAACCGCCAGGAUUUGAAAAAAGCCGGAACGACUUCGCCUCUCUGCCUCGCCGCGAUGAACGUUGGGAUUUAUAAGGUCACGGGGUGACCUCUGAAUUGGUCUGUAAUAAGGGGACACGAAUGUGUCGAUUUCACACAACGGUGGCAUCUUCAAUAAUACGAGUGGUUUUAGCUUAAUAUAAAUUCAAUUCGUGGUGUUAAAAAACAACAUACUGUUGAAUACAUAUUUAAUUCAUUCUCCAGCUUGGUGACAGGACAGUAGUCAUUUCAGGCAUAAACCGCCACUUGGGAGUGCAAUGUCCUCCGGGAAGACAACAGAGAAAGGAGCCGGUGUGACCAAGAGAGUUGCCCCUCUGGCUCCUGGUGGGAAUGCCAAGGGCAUUCUCCCAGGGCAGGGCCGACCGGUGCCUGCCAAUAGAUCCCCCUCAAAGCCACAUCCCAGCUGCUCCUCCUCCUCCAUGGACCUACUGCAGAAGGAGAACGCUGCCAUGAAGAAGACCAUCGUGGAUAUGAAUAAGGCCAAAGGGAAGAUGAUGGACCCAGAGAGAAAUGCCUUGCUGCAGAAAAUCCUCUCGCUGGAGACGCUGAAAGUGAAGCAGGAGCAGCAGCUGUCUGAAAAGGCCGCGGAAACGACGCGGCUGCGCGGCGAGGUGGCAUUGUUGCACGAUGCCAAGUUGAAGGACCAGCGCGGAGAGGCAAACCACCAGGAAGCCGUCAUCAGGUCCCAGCGCCAGCAGGUGGAGGUGCUAGGGCAGCAGCUGGAGACGAUGACGCGGCGUUGCCAGGUGCUGGAGAGUGCCUCCAGAGCCACGGUCGGCAUGACGGCAGCUGCAAUGGAAGGAGGGAUCAUAAAGCCGAAUGCACCUGUCGACAUGGAAGGAGUGGAAGAACGUCUGAAUGACGCACUGGAAAAGAACCGGCGGUGGUUGGUGUACGACAAUCAGAGGGAAGCCUACGUCUGCGGUCUUCACAUGCGAAUUUCUCAGUUGGAACAGCAACUCGCCGAGAUGCUCAAUAAUGCGCAAGGCACUGUGACGGAGGAGAAGCAGGGGCACUUUGACCGGCUGUUGCUGCGGGCGCGCACCGACCUGGACGGGCAGCGAGCCGCUCGCGCGCGCGCCGAGUCGGAGCUGGAGCUUGCGCGGCAACAGCAGGAGACGGAGCGCGAGGCUGCGACGGAGGCUCGCGCCGAGCUGGAACGGGAGCGCCAACAGUGGGAGGCGGAGCGCAGCGCGCACGACGGCGAGCGCGAGCAGACGGCGCUCCUGAAGCAGAGGCUGGAGGGGGAGAAGGGCAACGUGGGGCGGCUCCAGGCGGAGCUGUCGCUCGUGCGGCAGCGCUUCGAGGCGGAGCAGAGCGCGUGCGGGCGGCUCCGGGCGGAGCUGGGACAGUUGCACAAGCGGAUAGAGAGCGAGGUCAAACAAGCAGAGGUGGCGCUGGAGUGGGAGCGUCGGCGCUUGCUGGAGGUGACGGCGAGUCUGGACGCGGAGAAGAAACGUGUGGCGGAGCUGUCGGCGCGGCUCAAGUCGGAGCAGGAGGCGGCGAGGGGGCGCGAGGAAGAGCGGCGCCGGGCGGAGGCGGUGGCGCGGAAAGGGGACAGCGAACGCAAGCGCGCCGAGGAGGAGCGGCGCGCAGCCGAGGAGGAGCGGCGGAGGAUGGCAGAGACGGCGCUCGGGCUGAAGAACGAGCUGGAGCGGUACCGCGCCCUCUACGAGGAGAAGUUUCAGAACGCGGCGGAUUACUGCGCUCAGGUGCAGUUACUUAAGAAAGUGUUAAACCAGAGAGACAAAGAAGAUGCAAGGCUUGCCUUGCUGGAGGAAGAGGUGAGGAGCGGCCAAGGAGACCGGAUAAGACUUGAGGGGGGACUCAAUAAGGUGCUGAGGGAGCUGCGACGUGCGAGGGACCGCAGCCGUCACCUCGAGGCUGAGAUCGCCAGCCUGCCGAAGGGACUGCGGAACCUCUGUCAGGUCGAGCAGCCAUGCCACCCUCAUUUGGACGACGACGAUAUACCGCAGCUGCUGACGCGGGAGCCACGUCAGUCUCCAAGAGACCUGCGCGCCGUCCGUCACUCAAACAGCGACUUGCUGGAGGAAAGCCUGCUCGAAUGUCCCAACUGCAGCGCCGAGUACCCCGUAUCCCGUCACCGGGAUCUCCUCAAUCAUCUGGACAUCUGCUGCCAGUAGUGGGAGGACUUGCCUCGACAGGAUACGAAAGGGCCUUGUUUGAAAGCCAUGGGCGCCAACGCGUCCCACUCCAGGCGUGUGUUUCUCAAAUUAAUGUCUCGUGAGGUUAUGAGCAGUUAUGUUUAAGUAAUUUAUGUGUUGUCGGAAAUGCUCUUCUUUUGCUUUGGUUUUUCGUGAUGCCUCAUUUUUAAGUUCCUUUAUUUUAUUGCGAGCGCCACAAUGUGUUGCCUGCUGAGCUUGUACGCAAUACCUUGACCAAGAGAAAUAAAUAGAAACGCCCUUGCAUAAUGAAACCAAAAAUGAAAGACCAGGGAGCAGAACGUUUGAAUGGCAUAUGGACAUUGUACUUACACCACUGGAAAAUGUUAAAAGACGUUUUUAAUUGAAUAGUUUCCCAUUAGUAAUUGUUGAGUGAACAAACCCUUAAUAGUCAAAAUGAAAAUUCUCAAAUGUGACCGUUGGACAAUGCCAUUUGAGAUGGUAGCUAGUGGCAUUAACUUUUAUUGUUAAAAGUAAACCUUUUUUUUUUUAAGAUUAUAGGUGUAGAAGCCUGAGCCUUAGAAACCCCAAAAUAUACCAAGUGAGUUAGUAAGUGGAAGGAGUCGGCUGGUGUUUUUCCACACUGCGUUAUAAGCACGUCAACCUAAGUUCGAUUCCUGGGCCGCGGCUAACAGCGUGACGUGUAUGGCCAAACAAACCCCACAAUCGACACUGCCGUGAAGAGGCCUUCAGCAGUGGAACUGCUGAAUGACUUGAUCAAUUAUACCUGAAUUUGUUCUUCAGUUGAGACAACAAAAGUGGUAUUCUUACUAUUAUGUGGGUCCUGAUUGACAUCGCACCAUCUGGACUCAAUAUUCACAAUACAGCUUGGGAGGUUUUCAUAUACAAUUAAUUAGGAUAACAUCGUAUACUGUACAUGAGAAAUUGGAUGGCUGACAGUUUGAAACCCCCUGUUGACGUGUGAUUGCAGUUUGUAUGGUAUCUAUUUUCCUUUUGUUCAAAUUCCCGCAAGAUAGCAAAACGACAUUAGAUAAUACUGCUUAGCUUUUCUUACUCAAAAAUUGCAACAACUUCCUCAACUUGCACUCAUGACAUGACCUGUUUUUAUGAUAUAACCCAUAUUAAAUGUAUACACUUUUUUUUUAAAGAAUGUUAUUUUUAUUCAAAUGAAGGGAGUUAUGUUUUGCCAAAAUAAAUAAAAAACUGGCUCUGGAAUUGUGA